GUUUCCCACUCUAAAACCCUAGCAGCGGAGUUCUCAUCAGCGAAGCCAGGCGGCAACGAGAACUCCUAUAAAACCCCCUUCAAAACCCUCCUCCUUUCUCGCUGUUCUUAACCUUCGCACCCCUGACCUUUCUUCCGCUGUCGCCGCAACCCUUGUUUCUUUAUCCCGCCAGCAUCUAUGGAGUUUUGGGGUGUUGAAGUCAAAGGUGGACAACCCCUUAAGGUCAAACCUGAAUUUAGCAGACUCAUACAUAUUUCCCAGGCAGCACUGGGCGAGGGAAAGAAGGAAAAGGGAAAUGAGCUUAUCCCUCUCCGUUUGAAUGUCAAUGGUGAGAAGUUCAUUGUGGGAUCACUUUCUGCAGACAGAUUUCCUCAAAUUACAUUUGAUUUGGUAUUUGAGAAAGAAUUUGAGCUGUCGCAUGACUGGAAAAAUGGGAGCAUCUACUUUUGUGGAUACGUGGCAGAUAAUCCUUUUACUGAAGAUGAAGAUGACUUUGAUUCAGAAGAAUCAGAUGAGGAUGAGGGGAUCCCUUCUGCCAUCGCUGCUAAUGGGAAAGUUGAACCUAAAGCUGAGGAAGGAAAACCAGCUGUAGCUAAAGGUAAAGAUGCUAAACCUGAAUCAUCUGCAAAGCCAAAGGCAGCUGUUGUGCGGCCAAAAAAAGAUGAGUCAGAUGAUGAUGAGUCAGGCGAGGAUGAGGAUGAAACUGAUGAUGACAAGGACAUGAUGGAUGCUUCAGAUGACAUUGGUGAUUCUGAGGAUGAAGAUGACUCAGAAGACGGCGAUGAUUCAGAGGAUGGAGAUGAGGAGACACCUAAGAAGGCUGACCCUGGCAAGAAGAGGCCCACUGGUUCUGCGACAAAGACACCUGUUCCUGCUAAAAAAUCCAAAAUAGAUACACCUCAGAAGACAGAUGGUAAGAAGGGUGGUGGUCACAUAGCGACUCCCCACCCAGCAAAGCAGGCAGGCAAAACUCCUGGCAGCAACAAGUCCAAGGAGCAGACGCCAAAGUCGGAUGGCAAAGUUACUUGCAAAUCCUGUAACAAGACAUUCAAUUCAGAUGGUGCUUUACAGUCUCACUCGAAGGCCAAGCAUGGCGGCAAGUAGAGAUGGAAACCUAAAUAUGCUGCAGCGGAAGAGUAUUAUUUAUUGUGUUUGGAGAAUGGAAUUGAACACAGGAUCGGUUUUAUUUUAAUUUUUUUUUUUUGGUGGGGUUGGUAGGAUUUUCAACACAAGACAGAAAGCUUGAGGUUGCCAUUGCCAUUUGCCUUGUGAUGCUACUACCAGCGGACCCGUAUUUCUUCAAUCCACUAAACCUGUGAUACCUUAUUGCUAUUUUCCUUUCCAAGUUUUGGUAGGUUUUGGCGUUUGGGAGUGCUCUAAAGGCGUUGCAAUGGACUAGCUGUUCGUGACGUAUCUGUUUAAUUUAAAUCCUUUAUGCUCGUAUUGAGUUUUCUGUUUUUAA